AUGAGUUAUAUUCAUUUUUACUAUCUCAUUUUAUUUUUCGAACUGUUUGCACAUGUUCAAUGGCUAAAGCUAAUGCCAAGAAAAAGUGGCAAUCACUUGCUUGAACACUAUCAGAGGAAAGCGGAGGAUGACGACGAGGAUGAGUAUGUAAACAAAGAUGGUGAUAAAGAACAGUUUCUGUGGAUGGAUGACAAAUUUCACCAAUCGACGCCAAGAAUGCAGAUUUAUCACAUCUCUCUGGAAGAACUUUUAGGACCUCACAGUUGUGACAGCAGCAAACAGACGAUGGUGCUUCAGUCGAGUAAUUUAGGGAAUACAGUUGGAGUCCCCGCUCACUUAGAUCCCCUUCCCUCCAUUUAUCAGAUGAUCAUUGCAUUCGCACUUUUUAUUUCCGAGAGUGUCUCUCUUGAUGUUUGUAUUGUUUCUGCCCCAUGGGUUAUAGGCAUUCAGAAAAAAUCACAUUUUUCUUCACGUGCGAGGACUUGCAAUGGUAAAUUGGAAACUUUCAUUGUUUUCUCUCCGGACAGUUCUCAGUAUAAAUUAUUGGUGAACUUUUUGUCAAGCUUGAAUAAUCCAAGGUCAUUUGUUAAUUUAAGUAUCUUUCUAAGAACAAUACUUAUCUUCAGUCGUUGGGAAGUAAGUAUGUUGAUUGAGAUUUUUUGUAAUAAGUUCAUUGCUUUCAUAGUUUGUGUAACUCCGUAA